AACACGAGAUUGGUGGUUGGUGGUGAUGAACACAGACCGACGCUGAGCUCUAUUGUAUAUCUGUAGCGUCACAUCACCUCGAGCGCUGCGCGAGCGUGGACUGUCCUCGCUGCAGUAAUCGCUGCGUCUCUCCCUUUCACCCCAAAGAAACCUCACCGCAGCUGUCAGCCGAUUAGUGAGCACUUUCAUCGCGUUUACCUUUUACAGUCGCGCGAAGCAGGACUCGUCAAACCUCCCUUUGCCUCUCCGUAUCGACGCCAUGGGGAAACAGAACAGCAAGCUGACCCCUGAGGUAAUGGAGGACCUGGUGAAGAACACAGAAUUUAAUGAACAUGAACUCAAACAGUGGUACAAAGGCUUCCUGAAGGAUUGCCCCAGUGGCCGACUCAACCUGGAUGAGUUCCAGCAGCUGUAUGUUAAGUUUUUCCCUUAUGGUGAUGCCUCAAAGUUUGCUCAGCACGCUUUCAGAACCUUCGACAAGAAUGGAGACGGCACCAUCGACUUCAGAGAGUUCAUCUGUGCCCUUUCCAUCACAUCACGAGGCAGCUUUGAACAGAAACUCAACUGGGCCUUUAACAUGUACGACCUGGACGGAGACGGCAAAAUCACACGAGUUGAGAUGCUUGAGAUCAUUGAGGCAAUCUACAAGAUGGUGGGGACUGUUAUCAUGAUGAAGAUGAAUGAGGACGGCCUGACGCCCGAGCAGCGGGUCGACAAAAUCUUCAGUAAGAUGGAUAAGAACAACGACGACCAGAUCACAUUGGAAGAGUUCAAAGAAGCAGCAAAGAGUGACCCCUCCAUUGUAUUACUGCUGCAGUGUGACCUGCAAAAAUGAGCGUCUAGGAAAAGAGCCAGGGACUGCACAAAUGAUUAAUGUUCCAUUCAGUUUGCAGCUAUUUCCACUGAUAAAAAAAUUGCUUGGACUACCUUUCAAUGAAUCCGCUUCAUGUGUUUGAAACACUUGUGUGCAUGAGAAUGUUCUUUGCUAACGAAUUUCACAUACGAAUACCUUUGCACACACAAAUACACUCUCACACACACAUAUGUGCAUACACUGAAAUGCGUACUCACACACAGACCAUGCCAUGCACAAAUAGAAUUAUAUGAAUAUUAAUAUACAUAUAUAUUGAGUUGUCGAAAUUAACUGCCAAAAUGUGAAGAGUGUGCAAAGUACCUUCUUAAUCCACUGGAGCUUGCGCAUCACUGAUGUGCUGUAUUAAAUCGAGCUACUAUUUAUUGUACUGAUGCUAGCUAUGUGUACCAUAUACUGCGUAAUGUCAUCCGAACUGAUUCUUAUGGUAAUCGUAACUGUUACGGAUUUACCCAAUCGUCUAGAUGGACAAAAAGAUAAGCUCAUGUCCAUCUAACUUUUCCCUUCAAAUGUGCUUGUUCUGUUGGUGAAUAUAAAUGUAGUUUAUUCGCAUGCCAUUAGGUUUGCCUUAAGAGUACUUCCCUCAUUUGCAUCCUGCAUUAAGAAUGAUAACAAGCCUUAUUUAAAAGAAACAUUUGAGAUGUGAAAUAGAGUUAGAUGGAUAAUUUGUUGGUUUCACAGAGAUUGUGAUGCAUUGAUGGGAAAAGGCUAGUUGGCUACACCUUCUAUGUCUAGCAUGUACAUCACACGAGAGGGAUUCACUGUGGCCGAAUGUAAUCUGUCGGAGAGCAUACAUUCAUUCUCAUGGUCGAAAUAUUACGGCAUAAAAAAUAUUCCCAAAUUAAACCUACAAGCUGUGCAGUUUCAGAAUGUCAUCAAAUAUAAUAAAUUGCAUAUCAGUGUGCAGAUUUAUGUGGGGCCUGAGCAUGGAAUGAAUUUAUGAAGAUCAUUUUUAGGGUUAAA